UCCCAGUGUGUGAGUGCAGGAAAAUGGCCGAGGCUUUUAUCCCAGUAGCUCAGGAUCAGUUCACCUGUCCAGUGUGUCUGGAUCUCCUGAAGGAUCCGGUGACUGUCCCCUGUGGUCACAGUUACUGUAAGGUGUGUAUUAAUGACUGCUGGGAUCAGGAGGAUGAGAAGGGAGUCUACAGCUGUCCUCAGUGCAGAUACACUUUCACCCACAGGCCUAUUCUACACAGAAACAACAUGCUGGCUGAAGUGGUGGAGAAAUUGAAGAAGACAGAAGUCCAAGCUGCUUCUCCUGCUCACUGUUAUGCUGGACCUGGAGAUGUGGAGUGUGAUUUCUGCACUGGGAGAAAACUCAAAGCCAUCAAGUCCUGUCUGAUGUGUCUGACCUCCUUUUGUGAAACUCAUCUUAAACCUCAUCUUGAACUUCCUGCUUUGAAAAAGCACACCUUAAUUCACGCAUCCUCACAACUCAAAGAGAAGAUCUGCUCUCAACAUGACAAACUGAUGGAGAUCUACUGUCGUACUGACCAAAAGUGUAUUUGUUCUUUGUGCAUGUUGGAGAAUCACAAAGGCCACGACGCUGUAUCACUUUCAGCAGAGAGAACUGAGAAACAGAGGGAGCUAAAGGAGGAGCAGCUGAAAUCCCAGCAGAGAAUCCAGGAGAAGCAGAAGAAGGUGCAGGAGCUGAAACAGGCUGUGAACAUGAUUAAGUUCCGUGCACAGACAGCAGUGGAGGACAGUGAGAUUAUCUUUACUGAGAUGAUCAGCUUCAUGGAGAAAAAGCGCUUGGAGGUGACGGAGCUGAUCAGAGCUCAGGAGAAGGCUGAAGUGAGUCGAGCUGAACGACUCCUGGAGCAACUGGAGCAGGAGAUCACUGAUCUUAAGAGGAGAGUCACUGAGCUGGAGCAGCUUUCACACACACAAGAUCACAUCCACUUCCUCCAGAGUUUCCAGUCUCUCAGUGUCUCUUCUGGAUGUGAGGAUUCACCCAGCAUCACUGUCCAUCAACAGCUCUCAUUCAAUGGAGUGAGGAAUUCUCUCUCUGAUCUGAAAAAGCGAUUCGAGGAAUUCUGCGAGGAGGAAUUCAACAAAUUCCCUCCACAUGCUGCAGCAAUUCAGAAGAUUUCACCCUCAGAGCAGAAUAGAUUUUCUGAAAUGUGGAGUGGAGCGGUGUUGGAGGUGUGUACAUCUCAGUCUCAUAUAAAGAGAUCAGGAGAAAAGGAUGGGAUAAAGAGUGUGAAUUUGGAGGCAACAACACACACACACACACACACACACACACACAGAAACAGGAAGCCACGCCCACUGAUUACAGAGAAAACGAAACUGAUCGGCGAGUGCCAGUUUCUCUCUCUCUCUCUCUGUUUUUUCAGGAAAAUGGCCGAGGCCAGUAUUUUAGAUCACUUUUCAGUGGAUCAGUUCAGCUGUCCAGUGUGUCUGGAUCUCCUGAAGGAUCCUGUGACGACUCGUUGUGGUCACAGUUACUGUAAGGUGUGUAUUAAUGGCUGCUGGAAUCAGGAGGAUGAGAAGGGAGUCUACAGCUGUCCUCAGUGCAGAGACACUUUCACUCCCAGGCCUGUUCUACACAGAAACAACAUGCUGGCUGAAGUGGUGGAGAAAUUGAAGAAGACUGAAGUCCAAGCUGCUUCUCCUGCUCACUGUUACGCUGGACCUGGAGAUGUGGAGUGUGAUUUCUGCACUGGGAGAAAACUCAAAGCUAUCAAGUCCUGUCUGAUGUGUCUGACCUCCUUUUGUGAAACUCACCUUAAACCUCAUCUUGAACUUCCUGCUUUGAAAAAGCACACCUUAAUUGAAGCAUCCUCACAACUCCAAGAGAAGAUCUGCCCUCAACAUGACAAACUGAUGGAGAUCUACUGUCGUACUGACCAAAAGUGUAUUUGUUCUUUGUGCAUGUUGGAUAAUCACAAAGGCCACGACGCUGUAUCACUUUCAGCAGGGAUAACUGAGAAACAGAGUAAGCUAAAGAAGGAGCAGCUGAAAUUCCAGCAGAGAAUCCAGGAGAAGCAGAAGAAGGUGCAGGAGCUGAAACAGGCUGUGAACAUGAUUAAGUCCCGUGCUCAGACAGCAGUGGAGGACAGUGAGAUUAUCUUUACUGAGAUGAUCAGCUUCAUGGAGAAAAAGCGCUCGGAGGUGAUGGAGCUGAUCAGAGCUCAGGAGAAGGCUGAACUGCGUCGAGCUGAACGACUCCUGGAGCAACUGGAGCAGGAGAUCACUGAUCUUAAGAGGAGAGUCACUGAGCUGGAGCAGCUUUCACACACACAAGAUCACAUCCACUUCCUCCAGAGUUUCCAGUCUCUCAGUGUCUCUUCUGGAUGUGAGUAUUCACCCAGCAUCACUGUCCAUCAACAGCUCUCAUUUGAUGGAGUGAGGAAUUCUCUCUCAGAUCUGAAAAAGCGAUUGGAGCAAUUCUGUGAGGAGGAAUUGAACAAAAUCCCUCCACAUGCUGCAGCAGUUCAGAAGAUUUCACCCUCAGAGCCGAAGAGCAGAGACGAUUUUCUAAAAUAUUUCUGUUAUCUGACUCUGGAUCCCAACACAGCAAAUCAUAACCUUCAUCUCUCGGAGGAGAACAGAGUUGUGACAUACAGUUGGAUCAAGCAGCCAUACUCUAAUCAUCCAGAGAGAUUUGACUCCUCUUGGCAGGUGUUGUGUAAGGAGAGUGUGUGUGGACGCUGUUACUGGGAAGUGCAGUGGAGUGGUGGUGGUGUUGUGUACAUCUCAGUCUCAUAUAAAGAGAUCAGGAGGAAAGGAGAGGGUAAGGAUUGUCGAUUUGGACUCAACAGUCAGUCCUGGAGUCUGUGCUGUUCUUCUUCUUCUCUCUCUUUCUAUCACGACGACAUUACAACUGAACUUGGAGUUCCAUCAUCCUCCAGAAUAGGAGUGUAUGUGGAUCACAGUGCAGGAAGUCUGUCCUUCUACAGCGUCUCUGACACGAUGAGGCUCCUCCACAGAGUCCACACCAUAUUUGCUCAGCCUCUAUAUGCUGGGUUUAAGGUUUAUAGAGGAACUGUGAGGUUAUGUGACCCAAAAUAAAAGUAGAUGAAAAAUUCCUGCUCAUUUCUUUAUUGUUCUUCAAUUGUGAUAAAACUUUAACAUUAAAACAGUAAAGGUUAAAACACUAGGUUUAGACUUGGUCUGGGAUCAUCAGCUACACUGUUGUUAUAGAAGAAUUUUCUUAAUCAGAGUAUGAUUUAAGUAUGAUUAUCAUAUAAUCCAUCAAGUCUAAUCAGGAGUUAAAAUAUUUAGAAAUGAUUUUACGAGAUUUAGUACAUUUAGUACAUCCUACUCAUGAAGAGAAUGACUUUAUGCAUAUGAUUUUACAAGAAUAUUUCUGUGUGAGAAUACUUCUGUGUGUGAAUCAAGAAACCUAAAACAAACUGGUGUGACCAUGCAGGUGGACCGUGCUUGUGGAAAACAACAGGCACACAGUUCUCAUUCAUAAAUUGUGUCUUUUCCAGUCCUGGCUUGCUCUGUCAUAUCUCAUGGGAAGGUGUUUGAAGAAUUGCAUUGUUGAGGUUGUGAUGAAUGUUAACAUUUCAACAAAAAAAAAAAAAACUGACUGAGCUCACGCCAUGGUUAAAACUAAGAUCAUUGUUUUUAGAAUUGUAUAAAAGCAUGAGACACUACUAUGGAAAUCAGAUGAUCCGCAGACAUCUCGGCUUUGUUUGAUUCAAUAAAGUCUGAUUUUUGGCAUCCAAAACCCUUUGACUUUGGAAAGUUAUUUUUCUUGUUCUGAACUGAGGAGUUUCGCCACAACGUUGGCAACAGAACUAAAAAUGUGAACACUUUCUUUAACUCUGCUGUAUGUAAGUUAAACUAUAUGAAUUAAAAGUAUCGCAAGAGACCUUAUAUAAAAGUUUAAAUAAUUUCAGUGGCAUUACUUCUGUUUUUUAUUAAAUUGACAUAAUUAUUUAUGUAUUGACACUGUCUUUGAUACUUUAUGACUGUAAAUAUAAUU